AUGACGGUCAAGUGCGGCUGGUGGGUCCAGCUCGUGAUGAAUCAGUUCUUCAUCAGCUGUGCUGACAACAGACACGUCUUCAACAAGAUAGGAGACACCAUAGCUGAACGCAUCAUCAGAGCAUACAGGGAGGGCAGGAAGUACCGAGUGUACGUGGUCACUCCUCUGCUGCCGGGCUUCGAGGGAAACAUCAACACAGGAGGGGGCAGCGCCAUCCAGGCUGUCAUGCACUUCAACUACAGGACCAUGAUCAGGGGGGACUGUUCCAUCAUAUCCCAGCUCAAGAGGGAGAUGGGAAACCAGUGGAUGAACUACAUCUCCUUCGCUGGCCUGAGGACUCACGCUGAGCUGGAGGGGAAGCUGGUCACUGAGCUCAUCUACGUCCACAGCAAGAUGCUCAUCGCCGAUGACAACACUGUCAUCAUCGGUUCUGCCAAUAUCAACGACCGCAGCAUGUUGGGGAAGAGAGACAGCGAGGUGGCGGUGAUCGUCGAGGACUCCCAGACCGUGGCCUCUGUGAUGGACGGGGAGGAGUAUCAGGCGGGACCCUACGCCCUGCAGCUUCGCCUGGCAUGUUUCAGGAUGAUCCUGGGGGCAAACAGUGACCCCUCCAUCGACGUGUCUGACCCCAUUAGCGACCACUUCUACAAAGAGGUCUGGGUGGCCACGGGGGCUCGCAACGCCACCAUCUACCAGAGGGUCUUCCGCUGCCUGCCUUCUAGCGACGUGCGUAACAUUUUGGAGUUGGAGGGCUACCUGGCCAAACUGGGCCUGGAGAAAGAGGAUCCGCCCCGCGCCCAUGAAGAGCUGAAGAAGAUCCGCGGCUUCCUGGUCCAAUUUCCUCUACAGUUCCUCUCUGAGCAAAACCUACUUCCUCCUAUUGGCUCCAAGGAGGCCAUGGUCCCCAUGGAGGUCUGGACCUAGAAGAUGGGGAUGAGACUGUUUUUGCCCAUGCAUAUAGAGACACAGAUAUGCCUGGGCCCUGUGUGGCCACGCAUUUUGUGUGACCACAAAACACACAACAUUCAAAUGAAACAACAUAAUCCCACAAUGAGGGAAACUUAACGGGCAUCAUUCAGUUUCGCAGUGGGUGCCUUAUGUUCUGAACUCCGAUCUCAUGUUUACAAAAAAUAGAAAAGAAGAAAAAAUGGAAGAAGAGUAAAGAAUUGAUGGACUCUGGAGUGUGAAUCUAUGCAAUGUUCAUGACAGGAGAACACAACCUCGUGGUGGGAAAUGAACACUUCAGAAGACGCUAAGGACUUGCGUGAACAUAACAUGGGAAGAAGAAUUUGGAGGAGUUGGUGCUCUUGGGACGUUUCUUGAAAACUCGACUCUUGUUUCACCACGUGUCCAUUCUGUGCGGACAUGAACCCCUGUUUUUAACUGGGGAAAUUUUUGUCCGAAACGUUAUCCCCUCAAGUGCCAAGGACAACAGACUCUAGCUUUAUGGUAAUGCAGUACAUAUUCAUUUACAUUCCUUUUGCUGUGCAUCCUCUGCUACGCCUUAAAUGACCUCUUUUAUCCUCUGUCCGAGAGGUUCACGUCCCGGUCUUUGUAGUUUAUUUUUUAAAGACUUAUUGGACUACGUUACCCAGAGAUUUUGCAUGUCAACUUGAUUCUAAUACUCCAGCCUUUUGCGUGUCUUCCAUGUUAGUCUGUAUGUAUGUGCUCUGCAUGAUACCUCAUGUGCUGAAGCCUUUUGACCGCCAACUAACUACCAUAUGACAGUACAGUUGUUACAUGUAGAUACGUAAGCAACCAGUUUCAUACCACAAGGAGGCGUGGUUGCUAGAUGUAACAGCUAGCAUGUUAGCGGCUUAUUUGCCAAUGUAAUGUUAGUGCUCAUAGCGUGUGCAGUAAUAGCAAACCGGUGUCCAUGAGGAUCAUAAGCAUCGUUGUUCCUUAAACAGCAUGCCUGGUGUACAAGCUGCCUUUACUGUGUAAUCCAAAUCCGCCCAGAGCAGAUUUACUCAUAACACCACAUAUCAUCCCUGGAACCUUAAAUAUCAUCAUCCUCUUUUUACCUCUUUUCAUCCUUUGUUCAUCCUCUCUACCUCCUAUUUCUAGUGGUUCUCCACCCAGGGAUUGGGACCACUUACUUACAAGGGACCAUGAAAUAGAAUUAUAAAAUGUGGAAAAAUACAUUAUAUCUCUGUUAGAUCUGUUUUCUUAUAUUUUGAGUCUUUGUUCAUCUUUAUGAGUCUUUUAUUUCUUGUGACGUAAGGAAUAUUAGCUGCCUUGAGGCCUCUUCCAGUGAUCAGCCCAAGUCAAGGUGUCUGAAACAGCAGAUGAUGGAAGGGAUGCUGCGGCGUAAAGUCGCUCAAACAGCAAGGCACUGGAGGUGGGCUCGGCUUCAUUUUGAAAGGGGUCGUACGUGGUGAAGGUUUUUCAAACGGUGACUUUGUUUUAACUCUCUGCUGUUUUAUCCAACAGUCUCUGUACUAAUCACUGUGUCUCUAUGAAUUGCACUCUUUUGCACAAACUAACUUUUUUUUAUUAUCUCGUUAUGAACCCUUAAAUAUUCACAGUACCACAUCAUGUUUUGUGAAUUAAUUAAAUAAAUGAGCUGUUAACUAUUAAAAUGGAGAUGAUUUUU